AUGGCAAAAAUUGCUACAUCAUUUGUAAAUCACUACAAAUUGACUCUACAAACUAGUUUACCAGAGCUUAGUAGUUAUGUCGAAGAGUUGGCUAGUAAACUUUCAAAUGGCAAGACAAAAGAGCAGGCCCGGAAAGCUAGAGAUCAGGCUAAAAGACGCUUCCAAGAGUUGGGAUUAAGUAAGGAGCAAGCUGAUAUUCUUAUUCCUAUUCGAUCCCCUGGGAGACAUGUUGAUGAAAGAGAUCCUAUCAAAAUUAUUGCCCAGAAUAUUAUAAAAAAUAAUCUCUCACCUGAAGAGAUAAAUGGAAUAGCAUAUGACUUGGCUUCUUCUGCUCCCACUACUGUUGCCGGAAAUUCUCGGCUUAAUUUAUUACGAAAAGAGUUGCGCAAACUUGGGGUUGAUUAUCUCAUCACUGAGGCAACGAAAAUACCCUUUGUUACUGAAGAAGCAAAUCAGAUUCAAGCAAGAAAACUACUGAAAAAACUUAAUCUGAAAAUUAAAAUCGAACGUCCAGAUUAUUCCGAUGAUGAAUUCUCCGAUUCUGAUUUACCUCCACUUAUUCCAAUCUUUACCGGUAGACAAAAUGGGAUAGCUAUAACCAGGUCCUUUAGAGACUACUAUUUGAGUCAUACAUCAGAUGAAACAGAUCUUAUUUCUGCAAUUCUUGAAGAAGAUUAUGGGUUAGAAGGUAUAUCUGAUGAUGAUUUGAUAGGUGAAGAAAUAAAAUGCUUAGAUUUACAGUUUUACUAUAAAGGAAAGUGGCGAAGCUUAGUUGGCACCGAAGUAAUAGACUUUCAAAUUCGCAAAAAUCCAUCAUUCGAUUUGGUUCUGGGACAAGAAUGGUUAUGGAUGCAUAGAGCAAAAAUGAGCUUUGGAUUUUCUUCUGAAACCU